AUGGUAGUUGAAAGAGUCUCGUCAAAACUAGCGGGAUGGAAAGGGCGUGUGUUAAGUUUGGCAGGGCGCAUCACUUUAACGAAGGCAGUUCUCGGGUCAGUACCGGUGCACACUAUGAGUGCGUGCAAGCUUCCGGAAUCGACGGCGAAAGCUUUAGACCGUGUGUCACGAGAUUUCGUGUGGGGAUCCACGGCUGAGAAGAGGAAACAGCAUCUUAUUGGUUGGGAGAGACUGUGCCAACCAAAAGCAGAAGGAGGUCUGGGUAUCCGUAAGUCGAAUCUUAUGAACAAAGCCUUACUCGCGAAAGUGGGUUGGAGGGUGAUGCACGAUUUCUCUAGUUUGUGGGCAAGGGUGAUUCGGAGCAAGUACAAAGUCGGAGAUAUUCAUGAUGGCUCUUGGUUAGUCUCUAAAGGAACAUGGUCAUCCACGUGGAGAAGUGUGGCCCUGGCUAUCAAAGAUGUGGUUAUUCCGGGUCACAGUUGGGUUAUGGGGGAUGGACAGAGUAUUAACUUCUGGACAGACAAGUGGUUAAUGGGUUCUGCUCUCUGUGAUUUAACUAUGGCAGAGAUACCGUUAGAGGCCUUACACCUGAAGGCGGGAAAUUUAUGGAGCAAUGGUAUCGGGUGGGACCUCCAGAGAAUCAUACCAUAUACGUCAGAGGAGACGAGACUGGAAAUGGCGGCUGUGGUGGUGAACUUGAACGCCGGGAGAUCAGACACAAUAUCCUGGGGGGAGACAGCUGACGGGAGGUUCACGGUGUCGUCAGCAUAUCGCCUUUUGUCACGGGAUGAGUACUUUAAACCGAACAUGAGCAACUUCUUUAGACGUGUGUGGAGAAUAAGAGCACCGGAGAGAGUACGCGUCUUCCUUUGGCUAGUUAGUAACUAUGGGAUAAUGACAAACCAAGAAAGACUUCGUAGACACAUGAGUGACACCGGGAUUUGCCAAGUAUGUAAAGCUGGAGUGGAAUCUACUUUGCAUGUGUUACGAGAUUGCCCUGCGAUGUCAGGGAUAUGGAGACGUAUUGUUCCGAGAGGUAAGCAACGAAUCUUCUUUGCGAUACCUCUCCUUGACUGGUUGUAUGCAAACUUGAGUGAAGAAGCUGAGACAGGGUUUGGACCCUGGUCGACUAUGUUUGCUGUCUCGGCUUGGUGGGCGUGGAAAUGGCGUUGUGGCAAUAUCUUUGGAGACAACAGACUCUGGAAGGAUAGGGUGAAAUUUGUGAAAGAAUAUGCAAGAGAAGUGCAUCAAGUUAUGUUGAGAAGUGACAAUCGGAGAGUAGUGACAAGGGAGGAGAGACUUAUCUCGUGGCUGCCACCACUAGUUACUUGGAUGAAGCUAAAUACGGAUGGGGCCUCUCGUGGUAAUCCGGGGUUGGCAACAGCAGGAGGUGUGAUACGUGACGGUGACGGACAAUGGCAUGGAGGAUUCUCGUUGAAUAUUGGACGUUGCACAGCACCAAUGGCGGAACUGUGGGGCGUUUACUACGGUCUUUGCAUUGCGUGGGAGAAGGGGGUCUCGAGACUGGAAGUCGAGGUGGACUCUUCACUGGUGGUAGGUUUUCUUCAGACAGGAUCUGUGACACACACCCACUGUCUUUCCUGGUGCAUCUGUGCCAUGGCUUCUUAUCAAAGGACUGGGAGGUCCGGGUUACUCACGUGUAUAGGGAGGCCAAUCGUCUAG